GCCCCGUUUCGCAGUCAUAGCAAGGGAGAAGAGAUCUGACUUCAUACGCAGGCGUUUUCCAACGAAGCCAAUCUUACCAGGAAGCACAGUAUGUCUCGCCAGCGCGACCGCUCCCGGCUGCGGUACCGCUCUGAAUCUCGCUCGCUGCUUCGCACGGCGUCCACGGCUUCGUUUGGCGAUGACCUGGAAAACCGCACACCCCGUGCUGCAUCCAUCGACCGAGCCGGCACCCACAGAUCCAUCACCAACAUCCACAGCCACAACCUUUCGCACGCCCACCCACAUAACGCACAGCCAGCCCAGCAGAAGCGCAAACGGGCCAAACCGAAGCAGAGAGAUGAGUUUCAUGAGAUUUAUGGGAGCGAUGCGGACCGUGAUGAGGAGGGCCGGUGGGCUGAGAGUGCAUUUAAGAAACUGAAAGAAAAGGCAGAAGUGGAGACCAUCACGACGUAUGUGCUCCGAAAGGGGAAAGAGCCAGCAGUCCUACCAGGUUUGAUCGACCGACUGCUAUUUCAUCCCGACUAUGUAUCGCCCUCUGCAGGGGUUUCACCCGGGGCACAAGCGGGAGCGAGGAAUCGGGGUCAACGGACCCCAGCAUUCCUUGCAGACGCCGGGCUGUAUGUCCCGGACCCGCCACCAGUAUCGUUGCGGAAUAUGCAGCGGAUGGAGAAGCGAAUCCUGUGCUGUGAGCCGGAUAGCGCCGCACAAUGGUUCACACCCACCCAGACCCUUGCCAUCUCCCCCAUUCCUCUCAGCACCGUCCCUCGCCGGCCCUUCCGCGACCCCAUCCCCAUCCUCAACCAAUGGUCCCAAGGCAUUAAAACCCACCCCGUCGACAUCGAAACCCCCUCCUCCUCCUCGGACAUCGACACCCCGGAUCUCCUAAUCCUCCGCACCCCCCUUACCAAGCCCUCCACCUACACGCCGAUAACGCACACCCCAAGCGGCACCUACCUCCUCGUCCUUGAUUUAUGCGCGAUCGAGUUCCGCGAUCACCCGCUUAUGACGGAGGAGAUGGCGCUCGCGAGGAGUGUUGAGAAUGGGGUUAGGGAGCUGAACGGAAGGCGGAAGAGGGGGGUGGUGGAGACGUUGAGUAGGCAGUUAGGCGCGGCGAGGGAGGCGUGGAGGGAGUGGGUUGUUGCGCAUCCCGAGUAUGACAACACUGCCGCGGCUGAUGGCAAUGAGAACCACCCACGCUCAAAAGGGCGGAAACAGAUGUUGAAGGUGCAGAGGGACCUGCAUGCGCGGCGGGUAUUGUUGGAGAAAGUGCGCGCGGUCAGACUGUUGAGAGAUGCCGAGACGCAGACGGAGCGGGAGGUGGAGUUUCGAGUUUUGAGGGAGUGGCAGCGGUUGGGGGAGGUAAGGGCGAAACAGGGAUUUGUAGGGUCGGCGGUGAUGGUGGGGGUGAAAGCAGUGGAGGGGGAUGCUGUGCAGGACAUAGCCCGCCUCCGCACAGAACUCACCAAUGACGUCGAAGAGUUCAUCGACCUGCUCAACCUCGAGGCGCACAUCCUUUCGCAAAAGGCAGCAACGGCGAGCAUAACCGACGCUACAUCUCCAUUAAAACGCCGCGGCUCCACACACGAGCACGUCAAGGACAUCACUGAUGACGCAGCUGCCGCGGCACGGAAAGCCAUUCCUUCCAAAAUCCGGCGGUACGAAGCAGAAGCUACGAAAAGGUUAGAAAGCAGUCACCGCCCUCCCGGCGCCCCGAUAUUUCGGUUCAAGCUUUAUCGCACGGCGAGUAUAACGCCGUUGGCUGAGUGUCCGCUGUACGAGCAAACCCGCCGCACAGCCGCCCCACCGCAGCUGUACCUCCGCCUGCUGUAUAACAAAAAGAUGAUAACGCAGACGGCACCGCAGCCGCUUGACUCGCUUUCGGGGCAGUUUCAUUUUGGUGGGAGUGCGCAAAGUAAAGCGGUGGCUGGGACGCAGGCCGCGGAAAAGAUGGUGGAGACUCAGGUGCAUCGAUUGUGCUUGAGAGUAUCGGAGAUGCCGGAGACAAUUGAGGCUGAAAUUUUGGAGAAGACAAAUUUCGGCGAAAUCCUCUGCGCCAUCGUCCCCAUCCCCAUCCCCCUCUCCACCGAAACCACCCAAGCCCUGGACCGCACCCCCCACUCCCUCGACUUUUCCGGGCACUUCAGCAGCGACGAGCGCUGGACCUCCGGCGUGCUCAAGCUCGGGUGCGCAUGGGGUGCCGACUACCGGGGGCACGUCCAGGGGCCCGGUGGCUACCUCACUUCAACACGGUCCAUCACCUCCGACUGGUCCACCUUCAGCAUCGGGCGAUUGAUGCACCCGACUGCCGGGUUGGAUCUGUGGAAAUUGUUGGAGUGGACGCAGGGCUUGGUGGUUGAUCCGAAUAAUCCGGCGAAUUUUGAGGUGUUUCGAUUGCAGAGGUUGUUGGGGGCUGCGGCGGCGGCGGGCAGUGGGGCGACGGGCGAUGUGUUGGGGGGGUAUGCGGCGAGGAAGUAUUGUCGGUUGGCGAUUCCGGGGUGGAUGAGGAUGGCGGCGUUUAGUGUUGCUAGAGACGAAGACUUCACCACCAAACGCCUAACCCUCCUCCAAAAACGCGCCCUCAUCCGCCCCGAAAGCGACGAGUCUUCUCAAUCCCUCAUCGCCAUCCCCCUGUUCGACCACGAAAUCACCGAUACGCUCCUGGACGAGUUUUCCCCCAAAGAUGAUCCGCUCCGACUCUCCACAUCCACACCGACACCCGCACCAACCACCCUCUCCCACCGCUCCUCCGCCAUGUCCCUCCUCAGCCCCGCCGCCGACCCACCUCCACUCACCAGCGUCGAACAACCUUUCCUGCGGCGCUUACGGCGCCACCACCUUCUACGUAGCAGCUACAAGCCGCGCGCAAAAGGGCAUGACGACUAUAUACGGGAGGUGAAGAUGCCCCCGCGGCCGCAGACGACGUUCUUCAUGAUGGACUGGUUGCGGCCGCAUAGACCGUUGAGGCCGGCAAGGGAUGCGGUGAAGAGGGAGAGGGUUGAGGCGGUGCCGGAGGGGGGUUGUCGGAUCUUGGUGCAUGUCCGAAUCAACGUACUACAGCAAGACAAAGCCCCUCUGAUAGAUCCAUCAUCUCGCAUCACACAGGUUGUCCGCCCAUACGUGCGAAUCGGAUUUCAAGACAGCCAGGCACGCACGUCGACGGAGGAAGGCCCCAACCCGCAAUGGAACGACACGCUCACCGUGGACGUGACAUUCGGGUCGGGCGGGUUGAGAGGGGCGUCUGCUCUGGACGUUGAAGCAGAGGACUUACGCAUCGAUGUGUUUGAUGAGGUUGUUGUUGAUAUGACCGAGGCAGAGCAAAGCGCAAACCUUACCUACGAACGCAAAGGCCGCGCCUGGCUCGGCAGCCUCCGCAUUCCCUUCGCCACCCUCCGCUCCCAAACCCGCAUAGCCGGCGAAUUCCCCCUCCACGUCUCCCCCGCCCUCAUCGCCUACGAGUACCCCACCACAACCACCUCCAGAACCCCAUCCAAUCCCAUCUCUUUCCUCCAUCUCUUCAUAACCCUCGACCCCCUCCUCGCCCCGCUCCCACAAGCCCCGCUCGACUUCCAGUCCUUGGAAGACCCCGCGACCCUCCGCCGCACAUCAAGUUUCAUGCGCAGCUUACCCCGGCACGCACGACCACGGAUGGCUUCUACGCCAUUGAGUGUGAAUACAGUCUCCGGGCACACGGCGCUCAUCACCCGCUUCAUCCGCCCACAGAAACCGCCCGCGGGCUUCGAAGCGGUAACCCCCGGCGCACUACUACGGUUCGUGUCGCUGAUCCCGCGGGUUGACGCGACGCUGAUGUACGCGCACCCGAUGUGGGCGACCUCGGACCAGAUGUUGUCGGUGGGGGCUGGUGGGCCGGCGGAGCAUGCGGUUCUGUUGUGUAACUAUUUUGGGUGGUGUUUUGGGGAGGUGGUGGCGUUUCUUGUUUUGGGGAGGGAUGUGGUUGGGAAUAGCGCGGCAUGGGUUUUGACGAGAGGUGGGGGUGCGGGGGCGGAACGGGUUGUGUUGUGGGAUCCGGUGGAGGGGAUGACGUGGAAGGUGGAUGAUACGAGGUGUGUGUUGAAGGAGAUAGCUUUGGUGUUUGACCGGACGAAUGUCUGGGCGAACGUGCAAACGUACUCCGACCCACCCCGCAUGCGCUUCGACCUCAUGAUAUCAGCCGACUGGCGCCCGCUCUUCGCCGCAGGGACAAGCGACGUCGGUUUCACCACCUUUCAGUCGGAAGCCCCAUUAUACAAGGCAAUCGACACCAACCGCGCCUCAGAGAUCCAGCUCCGAAUCGAGCGAAGUCUGAUCGACGGGAUAGAGAACUGGCGCGGCACCACCGUUACGCGGUGGAACAGACUCGCCUCCCGCACCCUCGCCACCGCCCUCCCCCUCCUCGAACACCACCUCCUCUCCCUCCCCCUCUCCCCGACCCUCCCCUCCUCCACCACUAUACCACCCUCCCCGCUCGCUACCCUCCCCGACCUAACCCGCCUCCUCAACAUCUACCGCCUCCGGGGCUCCCCUCUCUGGUUCCGGUACACCGACACCGCGACGAUUGUGGACUUCAUCCGGGGGAUGGAAGUGCAUGUGUGUGAAGAUGAUGGGGCGGAGUUUGCGUGUGCUGUGUGGUGUGGGGCGUAUGAGGCGGGGGUUGUGGGAGUUUGGGUUUGGGUGGGGUGUUUGUUCAGGGGACGGUGAUGGGAUGAAGGACAUUUUUGGGUGGAUGUAGAGGACGCCUGGAAGGCUGUUACGUUGAAAGAUUGUGAGAUCCUUGAGCGCUCGUUGUUUGUACAUAAUUGUCAAAAGGAGGAGACGACCAUGGCUCUGUUGCCGAAGAAUCUCGAGCUCGAGGUGGGUUUUUGGAG